ACUAGGAGGAGGUGUAGCAGUCAGGCCGCCGAGCUGCUCGCCAUGUCGCUGUAACUCGGGCCUGCGGCUCCCUGAACGGACUGUAUGCGGCCCGACCUCGCUCUGGAGCUGUCACCGAGCCUAACGGUGCCUAAUGUGGAAUGAACGUUCCAUGUGUCUUAGGCAUGAAUGAAGUGCCCUGGCAGGAGCCCAGAGGAAUGAUGCAUGCAAGCGGUGGGCAGGAAUCCCUUGGGGUUGGAGUAGGGAUUGCCCAAAUUGGUGGAGCAGCAUCAGGGCCACAUAAUCUACAUGCCAUGCCCCCCGGUGCUUCCAGUGCCCAGGUGCCCCUGAGUGGCCGCUCUCAGGAUGAUGCCACAGUGGGAUAUUUCUUCCAGAGACAAGCGGGUGAACAACUGAAUGGCUACUCCAAUAAACACCGUUGGCCUACAGGAGAUAGCAUAGAUGCAGCGGUGAGGCCCGCAGAUGAGAUGAAUAAUGAUUUCCAGGCACUCGCAUUAGAACAUCGUGGAAUGGGGGAGCUUUUACCAGCCAAAAAAUUUUGGGAACCAGACGAUUCUGCAAAAGAUGGACAGAAAGGGAUGUUUCUUGCUGACGAAUGGAGAGAAAACACAUGGGGAGCAUCACACCAUUCCAUGUCCCAGCCUAUUAUGGUACAGAGAAGACCUGGGCAAAGCUUUCAUGGAAACCACGAUGUAAACUCUGUCCUGUCCCCUCGCUCAGAAAGUGGAGGCCUUGGAGUGAGCAUGGUAGAAUAUGUUUUGAGUUCCUCACCAGCUGACAAACUUGACCCACGAUUCAGAAAAGGAGCUUAUGGUGCUAGAGACGAUAUUGAGGGACCAGACAAAGGAGAGCAAAAAGGAAAAGCUUCUCCCUUCGAGGAGGAAAACAAACGGGAUCUUAUAUCUGCAGAUGUUGACGAUGUCUCGAAGUUAAAUGGCAGAGUCAUGCCCAAUGGGAUUGAUACUGACUGCAAAGAUUUCAAUCGCACUCCUGGAAGCCGUCAAGCUUCUCCCACAGAGAUCACUGAGAGAAUUGGCCAAAAUUCUGUUGCUGAUGGCCUAGGACAACUUCAAAACCCUAUGAGCAACAAGCCACUAACAGAUGAAUUUGCCAGUCCUGAAAGCCAAAAUAUUGAUGGCAUUGAACAUGUUGGCCUUGAUUCAUUGCAGUUUGAUUAUCCGGGCAAUCAGCUUCAAAUGGAUUCAACAGGAGGUGGCGUUGGACUGUUUGACUACAAUACUCAGCAGCAGAUGUUCCAGCAGAGGUCCAAUGCUCUAACUGUGCAGCAGCUAACAGCAGCCCAGCAGCAGCAACAGCAGCAACAAUAUGCACUCGCAGCGGCGCAGCAGUCUCAUCUUGCAGGUAUGUUUUCAGCAGGCCUUGCUCCAGCUGCCUUUAUGCCAAAUCCUUACAUCAUCAGCACCGCUCAUCCGGGAACUGAUCCUUAUACAGCCGCGGGUCUGGCUGCUGCAGCAACAUUAGCAGGUCCAACAGUCGUUCCUCCACAAUAUUAUGGCGUUCCUUGGGGAGUGUACCCAGCAGGUUUAUUUCAGCAGCAAGCAGCAGCAGUUGCUGCGUCAGCCACAAACGGAAAUAACCAGCAAGCAACAUCACAGGCUACGCAGGGACAGCAGCAGGUUAUGCGUGCUGCCGCUAAUCAGCGCCCGCUCACACCAAAUCAGGGCCAACAAGGACAGCAGGCAGAGUCCCUUGCUGCAGCUGCAAACUCUGCUAUGGCUUUCGGGCAGGGCCUUGCCACUACCAACAUGUCAGGCUAUCAAGUACUCACACCCACGGCCUACUACGAUCAGACUGGUGCAUUGGUGAUGGGUCCUGGAGCAAGAGCUGGACUUGCCGCCCAAGUGCGAUUAGUGGCAUCUGCACCUGUUCUCAUCAGUCCUGCAGCAGCACAAGCAGCUGCUGCAGCAUCGGCCUCUGGUGCUAACAACCUUACAGGAGCCACAAACAAUAUCUUCCGACCUAUGAGCCAGCAGCAGCAGCAGCAACAGCAACAGCAGCAGAAUGCCAAUCUCCACUCCAACUCUUUCUAUGGAAACAAUGCCCUGACUAACAACAGUCAGAGCAGCUCCCUGUUCUCGCAUGGGCAGGGGCAGCCUGGAAAUGGGUCUCAUGGAUUUGGCAGCAACAACUCCUUGGGUUCAGCCAUUGGAUCUGCUUUUGGGGGAUUUAAUUCAUCAGUUGGCAAUUCCGCAGGUAGUAGUGGCUCAAGGAGAGAUUCCCUGUCUGCUAGCUUUGACUUGUACAAAAGGUCUAGCGGCAGCCUAGCAUCCAUAGGGCAGCCAUUUUACAAUAGCCUGGGAUUUUCCUCCUCUCCGAGUCCAAUAGGCAUGCCUCUACCAAGCCAAACGCCAGGACAUUCACUAACGCCACCGCCAUCCCUUUCAUCACAUGGAUCUUCAUCCAGUUUGCAUUUAGGAGGUCUCACAAAUGGUAGUGGACGCUACAUCUCUGCAGCUCCGGGAGCAGAGGCAAAGUACCGCACUGCAGCCAGCAAUUCCAGCUUUUUCAGUUCCAACAGCCAGCUCUUCCCUCCCUCUCGUCUGCGCUACAACCGCUCUGACAUCAUGCCAUCGGGCCGGAGUAGGCUGCUGGAGGACUUCAGGAACAAUCGUUUUCCAAACCUGCAGCUCAGGGAUCUGAUAGGACACAUAGUGGAGUUUUCCCAAGACCAACAUGGAUCUAGGUUUAUACAGCAGAAGUUAGAACGUGCUACUCCGUCAGAGCGUCAGGUUGUGUUUAGUGAAAUUCUGCAGGCAGCCUAUCAAUUGAUGACCGAUGUUUUUGGAAAUUACGUGAUACAGAAGUUUUUUGAAUUUGGCAGCAUGGACCAGAAACUGGCUUUGGCAACACGUAUACGUGGCCAUGUGCUUCCUCUGGCCCUGCAGAUGUACGGAUGUCGUGUUAUUCAGAAGGCCCUUGAAUCUAUAUCCCCGGACCAGCAGAGUGAAAUGGUGAAGGAGCUGGAUGGUCAUGUACUGAAAUGUGUAAAGGAUCAGAAUGGUAAUCACGUUGUGCAGAAGUGCAUUGAAUGUGUUCAGCCACAGUCACUUCAGUUCAUCAUCGAUGCAUUCAAAGGACAGGUUUAUGUACUUUCCACUCAUCCAUACGGCUGCCGAGUAAUCCAGCGUAUUCUUGAACAUUGCACGUCGGAGCAGACCAUGUCCAUUCUGGAGGAAUUACAUCAAACUACAGAACAGUUAGUGCAGGAUCAGUAUGGGAAUUAUGUCAUACAGCAUGUGUUGGAACAUGGCCGCUCUGAAGACAAGAGCAAAAUAGUGUCUGAGAUAAGAGGGAAGGUCCUGGCUUUAAGUCAGCACAAAUUUGCAAGCAAUGUAGUAGAGAAAUGUGUCACUCACUCUUCCCGGGCUGAGAGAGCACUGCUAAUAGAUGAGGUCUGCUGCCAGAAUGACGGUCCUCACAGUGCCUUAUACACCAUGAUGAAAGACCAGUAUGCCAAUUAUGUGGUGCAGAAGAUGAUCGAUAUGGCCGAGCCAGCCCAACGGAAAAUUAUCAUGCAUAAGAUCCGACCACAUAUCACAACUUUACGUAAAUACACGUAUGGGAAACACAUUUUAGCCAAGCUGGAGAAAUACUACAUCAAGAGUGCUGACCUUGGACCUAUGGUGGGAUCAUCGAAUGGAAUGAUCUAGGGAAAAGAAGCGCACACCUCGAAUAUCUCCAAACAUGUACCAGGAGACAGAUGUCCAUUCAGUUUUGUUAUUUAAUCAACUACACAAGAAAUCCCUUUUAUUUAUUGCAGACCCACUUUGAAAUAUUCUUCUGGGCCUUUUGGCCUUGUUACCAAUUCCAUUUCUCCGGCUCUGGUGGAAGACCAACCCAUCAGUCUAGUUAGCAUAAAAUGAGAGCCUGUAAAUGAUGUAAUUGUAUCAAGCUGUCACAUAUUUUGUAAAUUUAUACCUUGUAAAAUUUCUGUAAAAAGUGGUAGUUUUUAAAGGGAAAGUUCAGUAUUUUAAAUGCCAGUUAGAUGUUUGGGUUGGUCUUUCACAAGUAUGGCAUGGGAGGAUUACUGAAUUGUAUAUAGUUGUUUUUCCCCCAACCCUGCCUUGAAGCUUUUUACUUUUCUCUUAAUCUUUUAAUCUUUGUGGACGAUGUUUUCUGCUUUUCUGUUGAAAUUGAAGCCAAAUAGUUAAACUAGAGGUUCCUGAGCACCACAUCUAUUUAUAUGCAGAUUGGUCACUUGUGCUCAGCCUAGGGCAGAGAUGGGAUUUCCUUAGCACUGCAGGAAUUUAUCGUAAUAAGACAGAACCAUGUUUGAUCUGCAGGCUUAUGACUUGCCAUCGCUGUUCUAGAAUAUUUUUUGGAAUUUGAGUCAAUUAAUAACUAAAGAAAGAUUUGUAAAACAAAACAAAAAAAGGUUGAAUGUAUUUUGUUUUCCCCCUUAAAAGAAAAGGCAGUUGACUUGCUGCCAUCUGGUUUUGAAGCAAAGUAGUUUAAUUUAAAAAUAGUGCAAUCGUGUAUCAAUUCAGCGUACCUUCUUUCUGCACUUGUUUAAGAGUGAGAUGGCUUGUAUUGACCAUCUCUCAAUGUUUAAUGGCUUGUUUAUAUAAAAAUUGAGUUCAGCUUACUCUGUCAGCUAUUUCAUCGCCACCUCAGGUUGUUAGAAUGAGAAAAUGAUAGAAAACAAUGCAGCCAUAAGCCCGUGUUUCCAGACGCCAUCACAUUUUGCAAAUCGCUGCAGCAUUUACUUAGCAGACUUUACACUGGAGACUUUAGAAUUCCCAGAAGAGCAUUGUAUGCAUUGCAAUGUUUGUGUGCUCUAUUCUCUGGGAUUUAAGGGGUUAUUUCCCGCAGCUUUUAUUUCAGUACUGCACAUAAGUAUUUUUUUUUUUCUUUCUUAUACAAUGGUGUGACUUUUUCAGUAGCAACAUAGCGAUUCUUUUGCGGUCUUAUAAUUAGCCAGUAAGAAGUAGUUUAGAGGCAAAGAGACAAUUGGUAGCUUGCCAUUUACGCAUGAUAAAAAAAAAAAAGAAAAAUAUACAAAUAGGAUUUAUAUUAAUUUUCCUUUUCCCCCCUUUCUUUAUAUAAAUAUAUCCUUUUUGUUGUAUAAGUGUAUCUAAUGAAUAGUUGUACGUUUACAGUUUUGAUGUUUAUUACAAGCCUUGCUCAUUUUGUAGUGAACGCUCUGCUUUUGUUGGUUGUACAGAUGUACAUUUGUAAACCUUUAUGCUGUAAAUGUAAUUUCUUUUACCUCUUCGUACGGGGGGGGGGGGGGGGGGUGUGCACACAAUUUGCAUUUUAGUGUACAUUAAGGUCUCUCAAUUGCCUUGGCAAAUAGUGUUGUAUAAUGUAAAUUCCUCUCUGAAUCAAGAACCUUUUUUUUUUCUCUCUUUUUAAAACCCAGUCUUUAUACAGCUUGAAAAUAAAUCUAUAUAUACUAGCUUUGUAUUUACCUACUGCUGGAGAUUAUUUGUUCAUGUUUAUACCACAGCUGUCUAAAUUGUUAAUAGUAAUGAUCAACACCGUACAUUUUGCGUAGUAAAAUAAAAAUCUGAUUUGAGAAGGCUAUAAUAUAUGUAUGUAUAUGUAUGUGUAUAUGUUCCUUUUUUUGUUGUUUUUUUUUCCAAAUAGCCUACUCAAAUUCAAAAGAAAAUAUGUAUGAUACUGUCAGUUUUGGUGAACAUAAGACAUUGUAACAAUAGCCUAAUGACGAUGUAAGUUUACAAGCGGCCUUAUGUACAUUUCCCAAUCUUUUUAAAGGCAAAAUUGUGACCAUGUGUAUAAUUAAAAUACUUUUUAAUCACUUU